AUGACAGUGCUACCAGAGGGUUACCACAUUCGCAGAGCAGAAGCGGGUGAUUAUGCCGGGGUAAUCGAAACGUUGAAAGUGCUGACGACAGUGGGGGACGUUACAGAGCGGGAGUUUGCAGAGAGAAUUGCAUAUUGGAAGACCGUCAAAGUGCCCGUGCCCGCAAGGGGCAAGCGUCCCGUGGGAAUGGGCGAGAUUUUAGCAUACAACCCGAUGGUGAUAACGGACGAGGCGGGCCGCGUCGUCGCAACGGGGAACAUCAUCAUCGAGGCCAAGCUGAUUCACCACUGUGGGCUGGUCGGUCACAUCGAGGACAUAGCGGUGGCUUCAGAUCAGCAGGGCAAGCGUCUCGGCAUGUUACUGAUCAACACGCUCACGGAAAUUGGCAGAAACGCCGGCUGCUACAAGAUCAUCCUCGACUGCGACCCCCAGAACGCCGACUUUUACAAGAAAUGUGGCUUCAGCCAGGCAGGCCUCGAGAUGCAGCAUCGUUUCCGCAGCGAGAGCAAACCAUAG